UUUGGCCCAUCCCCACUCCGCUUCCUCGCCCCCCUCGCACUAGUAGGCAACCUGUUGUCUUUCCUCGUGUGUCGGACGAGUGUGAUCCUUAAUCUCAUGGCGUAUCGUGCUCGCUUUUUCCACGAUCCGCCGCCUUUUUUGUACAAAGUCAAUGGUGGUCAAGCCGCAUCGUCUAGAGAUGGCCGACGCGUCACUGAAAGCCAAACUCCCGCGGAAGAGCGCCUUCUCGUGCGAGGUCUGUCGCAAGCGCAAGGUGAAAUGCAACGGAGCCAGUCCAGCUUGCUCGCGCUGUGCGGUCCGUGGGGAGCUCUGUGUUUACAGCCUAGCCCCGACAUUAUCUUAUACGAAGCAGUUGGAAGCCCGUGUUGCUCAGCUGGAGAAUGCUUUGUCCAAGGUGCAUGUCCAGCAGCCAUCGGAAACAGAUUCCGGCGAGGGUCCCUCGCCUGCCAAGCGCACGAGGAGCCCGGGUUCUCAGACCCCCCUGAGGGAUAGACGGCAAAGCAGCGAAGAACUUGCGAGGGAUCUUGAUGGGCUACAGGUUGAGCAUGAUGGCCGGAUAUCCUUCCAUGGACCGACCAGCUUGUUCCAACUGCCUGGCGGGGCGCUGAAAGAAACGUCGCCGGCAUCCCAGCUUACCACGCCCCUGGAAGGACGAAAGGAACGCCUCGUCAACAAUGCCUGGCGUGAGAGAGCUUAUGAGCAAAUGGCGACCAUGCCGGAACCAUACCAAUACCUCCUCGACUCUCACUGGUGCUGGAUCCAACCACUCUUCAACUUCGUCUACCGGCCCGCAUUUACGCGAGACAUGAAGAUCAACGGGCCCUACUACUCAGACGCUCUUCUGAACGCGCUCCUCUCUCACUCGGUACGAUGGUGCAAAACCGAGCCCCGGAUCGGGCCCAUCCUCAACUCCUUCGAUGGUGGAGCCCAGUUCGCGCAUCGAGCUGUCACGGAGCUGUAUGACUCGCUCAAAGUGGGGCAUGUCGGCAUCCCCACAAUCCAGACUCUACUCCUUCUCAGUGCCCAGGAGUGUGGGCGGGGGAAUAGGACGCAGGCUUGGUUAUACAGUGGGAUGGCGUUUCGGAUGCUGGAUGACUUGGGAGUAUCGAUCGAUAGUCUCAAGUACUCGGACUCGGCGAAGCUCAAUGAUGAGGACGUUGAGAUCCGGAACAGGCUGUUCUGGAGCUGUUAUUUCUGGGACAAGAUGGUCUCCCUUUAUUUUGGGAGGUCGCCCACGAUGCAGAAUUCCAGAGUCAGCCCGCCGCAGACGAUACUGGACAACACUGCGGAGAUCGAGAACUGGACGCCGCAUGGCGUCGUCUUCCCGGAUGGCUUCCACUAUCCUCCUACUCAAGCCCACUCCACAUCUGCUUUUGUGAAGAUGUGUGGGCUGGCGGAGAUUCUGCACGAGAUUCUGGUCCAUAUCUACGAUCCGAUCCGACAGGUGUCGGAGAUGGAGCUCUACAGCUGCGUCGAGGAGCAGGCGCAGAAUCUGGCCGAAUGGUGGGAAGAAUUGCCAGAUUUCCUGAAACUGAUAGUUUCGGAUCUUCCUCCUUUUUCUCCUCCAGCACAUAUCGUCAUACUAAACUGCCUAUACCACACCAUCAACAUCCUCCUCCACCGCCCGAUCCUCUGCUCUAAAUCGAAUCGCCCACCCUCCGAUAAAAGCCAUCUAGUCCAGUGCAUGAUCUCCGCAACCGCCAUCCUAUCUCUCUUCGACAUGUUCUGCAACACCUUCGGCGACGGCCAUGUUGUCCUGUCGCUUGCCUACAGCGUUUACACCGCUGCUUCGAUAUUCUUGCUCGAGGUCCAGGCUCUGAAGUACGCGGCGCCGGGUACGCUCGAGAAAUUGAAGUUUUGCAUAUACGCCUUGGAGAGGGUUAAGAUUUCUAAUCCGGUAAUGGCGACAGCCUUAGGCCUGAUUUAUCGGGAGCUGCAAAAGCUUCAAGUCGAUAUCAACGUCACACUAUCUCCGACGCAGUCAACUCAGCCAUUCCAGCCUCAAUCGCACUCCCACCAAAGCAACUCCCCUUCCCCACAUUUCAACCAACAGCAACAGCAGCAACAGCAACAACGAAUCCCCCUCGAUCUCUCCAACCCAUCCACACACGCCUCUCCCUCUCCCCACCGCCACCUACAACAAACACAACAACAACAACAACACCUCACCGACCCCACACCCCCCCUAGGCCCAGGCCCAAUGGUCACCCCAAUCGGAGUCCCCCCCGCCACCUCCCUCCUCCCCGAAUACACACCCUUCCACCCUCCUCCUCCGCCCCCACCACCAGCGCCAACCCCAGCAGCCAACUUCGACCCCUCCCACACCCGCAUCCCCCACAUGGCUACAACCCACCUGAUAGGAGGGAUGCCGAACGCAGUCAUGGCGCUGGAAAGCCCCGGCUCGUAUGAGAUUACGCCCGAGGUGUUCGAGGCAUUUUCGUAUGCGGAGCCUAUUACGACGAAUAUGACGCAGUUUGAGGAGUCUAUGAUGUGAUAUACUAUACUGGGUUGUUUAUAUGCUUUAUGUGUGUUUGUGGGAUUGCAUGGAUGGUGUAAUCAGGAGCAGGGUGUAUAAUUCGGAAAGUAAUACGUUUGGUGAUUCUA